GUGUGUGACUUCCCUAUUAGGCCACCAGAGGGCAGAGUAACACCAGCAGAAACCAAGGGGGUUGGAGAGAGGGCAGAGAAACAACCCAAAUCGUCAGGUAAACUGAGAGAGACACUGCUACAACUAGACUGCCUUUUCGGUGAAGCUGGUGUCCCAUGCUCAGCUGCCUUUUCCUCUUUCUUUCUCUUUCCCUCCCUCCGUCUAGCUAUUGUGCCAGUGUGUGAGGAACCUCUGUUUGUGAAGCUGUGCUCCUCGCCGGCCCACCGUCGUACUGCAACUCUGGUUCUUAUGUCAGCCCAGUCGUCCAUGGAGAACUCGUCCUCCUCUCUGGCCUCACGCUCUCGCUCUGUCUCUCCGCUCCGCUCCAAACACCACAACGCCCUCUUCAUCAGCCUCUCCGCGGGCCAGUUCGACGCCAACAACCCCAAGAAACUGCGGACCUGUUCUCUCCCAGACCUCAGCAGACUGUUCAGCUCAUUAGAGGAGGCAGGAGGGGUCAACGGGGCUGUUGCCCCUGACAACGACAACAACAACAACCUGGAGAUAGAGACAAUGGAGGAAGAAGAGGCCAAGGAGGAUGAACAAUCAGAGAAUGAGGAGAUGAUGYCCUGAGGGAGCUAAGGGCUUCCAUGGAGAGACUCCUACAAGAGGAGCGCAGCGAGGAAGAGCAGAGGGAUGAUGAAGGUGGUGAGGUGGGCUCUGGGUCUUAACGGGAGCCCUCCAGAGGAAGAGGGAGGAGAUUGCUUCAACGGCAACCCUGCUUUGGAUGAUGAUGAUGGUGAUGAUGAUGACGAUUCUGCUGAGUUAGGGUUAGGGUUAGGGAGGAGCUGAACGGGAUGGCUGAGGAUGAUGAGGAGGAGAGUUCUAAUGGGAAUCCAGGUGAUGAAGAGGCAGGACACACACUCACCAACGGACUGGAAGAAGAGGCACAUCACAGCAGUGAGAGCCAGCUCCAUGAAGAAUGGAAGAAGAGGAGCACCACAGCAGUGAG